AUGGCCUACGAUGCAGAAUUUCUCCGUGUCCCAGGGAUUCGCUGGAUUGGAGCUUUCCCACAGGAUUGUGAAAGAUACCAUCUUCCACAACAGUGUCUCCUUCCUUUAACAGCUGAAGAUAAGACGAGAAUUGAAGCAAUGUUACACCGAUGUUACUUGCAACGAGAAGUAUCUCACUGGAGGUUGGAGCUUGAGCUGCUGCUUCAAAGAGGGGUCAAAUUCGAGAUAGAAGCGUUGUCGGUACACUCAAUCUCCUUCUUGUCAGAAGAGUAUGUACCAUCUAAGAUUCAAGGGUUGUCUUUUGAAAGUGGAUGUCCAUUGCCAGGCUUGCAAGAUGAAGAUGUUGGAAGUGCUGGGUUCAAUCUCUGUUGGUCGUAUUUUGAAGUUGCUGACCUUGAGAUCAACCCUAAAGUUUUGCCGUUAAAUAUUCUAGGAGUUUAUUCUGUCACCAUAGAUGCACAAGCAGGGACGGCAAAAGUUUCGGGUGAGGUUGACCCGAACCUGCUUCUUAGGGCCUUAGCAAGAUCCGGAAGACAUGCAGAACUCAUAUGGGUCAAGCUCAAUCACCCAGUACUGAAUAGCUCUAAUUAUGACAAUGGAUACAGUCCGUAUGGCUCGUAUGAACCGUACAACUACGGUGCCAAUGGCUCAUAUGGCUAUGGUGCCAUAGAUGAACCCUACAGGUACAGAAGGGCUUUGCAGGAACAUUCAUAUUACGAUACACACCAACAAUACUAUUACUACCCGAUGAGAAGGGCAGUUUGGGAAUAUCCUACUUCCAGCACAACCAUUCGCUACGGCUACGGCUACGGCUCGCCGCAACGGGCUAGGUAUGUCCCGGGAUAUCCACCACCGGUGUAUGAUUCUUACGAAGAUGAACCCAUCAACUUUUGCUCCGUUUUGUGAUCUACAAAAGGCAUGCAUGGCUUGUUUUUUGGUUUCUUGACUAGCAAGAAAACUAAUAGUCUUAGAAUUAAGCACGUGGUCUAAUUUGGACUUGCAACUUUGUUAUGAUAUUCCUAAGGUGGAAGAUUAGGGUUUUAAUACUGAACUUUUGAGUAUUCCUUCAAGUUUUCUUUUCUUCUCAUUGAAUGUAAUGAACUUAAGUAGCAUGUAUGGCUACUUGGCCAACUGAGAUUAAU